GUGGCUCCCUAUCUGUCAGAAGCGCGGUGCUGCUCGGUGGUCCUGAAGUCUAGGAAAGUCGUUUUUCGCUCAUUUUCCGUGGCUGUCGAGCGCUUCCCCACGGCGGGUGGGAGUGCAGAGCCGGAAGUGCAGGAUGAGUACCAUGUUCGCGGACACGCUGCUCAUCGUGUUCAUCUCCGUGUGCACGGCUCUUCUCGCCGAGGGUAUCACCUGGGUUCUGGUUUACAGGACAGACAAGUACAAGAGGCUGAAGGCGGAAGUGGAAAAACAGAGUAAAAAAUUGGAAAAGAAGAAGGAAACAAUAACAGAGUCAGCUGGCCGACAACAGAAAAAGAAAAUAGAGAGGCAAGAAGAGAAGCUGAAGAACAACAACAGAGACCUGUCCAUGGUUCGAAUGAAAUCCAUGUUUGCAAUUGGCUUUUGUUUUACUGCCCUGAUGGGGAUGUUCAAUUCCAUAUUUGAUGGCAGAGUGGUGGCAAAGCUCCCUUUCACGCCCCUUUCCUACAUCCAAGGACUGUCCCAUCGCAAUCUGCUGGGGGAUGACACCACAGACUGCUCCUUCAUCUUCCUGUAUAUCCUCUGCACCAUGUCCAUUCGGCAGAACAUCCAGAAGAUUCUCGGCCUUGCCCCUUCGCGAGCUGCCACCAAGCAGGCAGGUGGGUUUCUUGGCCCUCCACCUCCUUCUGGGAAGUUCUCCUGAAAUCAAGAACCUGUAAUUCCUGCCACUUUUUAAGGUCUUCAAAUCAGAGGAGCAACUAUUUUGUAGCAAGAACCACCGGCAGCCUUGGCCCUCGGGCCACUUCCUCGCUUUGUACUGGACUUUGUGGAUGUGAUGGACCGCGCACGGCACCCAGCGACCCAGUCGGCAGCGUGUCCACUAGAAAGUGGAGGGGCGUCUGUGAUGAGAAAGCGUCUUCUUUUGUUUACACGAACAUUUCCGUGGGACCGACGCGAGACGGCUGUGUGCCGAGGAAGCCGGCGGCGGAGCUUUUAGCGGUCAGGAAGGAAAGUCCAGUUUCCCGGUAGUUAGUUAGGACUCUUAAUCGUGUGGGGUUUUAAGCCAAAUCUAUGACCUGUGAUCAAUAAAGAGGCCAAAAUUUU